CACCCAACAUUGCAAGCGCCAGGACUCUGCGCGCACGUCGGCAACUGGGCGCAGUCUUCACCCGUAUCUCAACAGGCUCACUGUAUGCACGGAUUGUUCGCUUGCGCGCUCUGAAGCACCCUGCAACUCUUUACAGCACGGUGCGCACGUCAUCAUUGCAUCAACGCUAUCGCGCAUUGUGAAUACGCUAGACCCAAGGGGCACCUAAGUGUUCUUUGCCAACUCUGUGUAUCGCAGUGCCGCCAAGUGCUUGAAACAUGCAGGCAGAUCCCAAGGGCCUUCGUCCUAGAGUACGGACGUCGCGAUCUGACUCCCCUGACCUCACAGCAGACGCUGCGCGGCCAGCCCAAUCUACUCGGGCGCAAAAGUUGAAUCAGGUCGUACAGAACUUCUACAGUAAGGCGGCGCAAAUCAUCAUUCAAGCCAGGCAACCCGUGACACCGCUUUACGCGCGCAAUAGUACAAUCAGACGGCUCAACAAAUGGUUCAAUCUGGACACCGCCGACACAGAUGCAUUUAGGGACGAACUUCAACUCUGGAGAUCUGUCAAUGUUUCAUCGGAUACUUUCAUGGCAACACGCCCACUCGUGAUAGAAGUGGUCCUCAGCUUUCGAGAUCUUACAUCAAAUCAGCGCUUGACGCUCGUCGAUGGCCGUGGCCAAAGAGCUGAUGUCGCUUUCCAUGAUUCGUUCAAAAGAUAUGCAGCAGGCGAAAUUGUUCUGGAGCGCUGGGUCGUUGAUUGGGAGCGGCCUUCUGCGAAAGAACCACCUGAGCUAGCGGUAACAUACAAAAAGUCGAUCGCCGUCUUCCGUUCACUGUACACCUUGUGCAGAUUACUGCCUGCUUGGAAAUUGCGACAAAGGCUCUUCAAAUCAAAGUUAUCCUCAGCCUCUCUGAAAGUCUCCUGCCGCGUAUCGCAUGAGGCCAAUGAACAAGCUCAGGAAGCGUAUCUCAAGUUGCAUCAGUCUGCAGUCCCCGGAUCGCACAGUCAGGUGAACAGCUUUGCCUUCCAUGCAGUAGAGACACAGACCGGGAAAUUGAAAAUCAGCGUACAGUAUCGCCAGGAUUCUGACUUUCGCGUUGAUGACACAGAGGCGCUCCUCUCUUCGCAUUUUGUGAGUGCGGAUGUACUUCCCUACCGGCCUCAAUCAUCUUUGCCCACUGAGGCAGCGCGUCGACCCGGGCGAUCGGGACCAGGCGCAAAUAUGAGCAGCUUGCCGUAUCUAGCGCAAACCGACAGCCGCACGGGAAGCACUUCCUCAGUUCACAAAAUUGAGAGGCGUUCAUCCUUUGCAAUCCACCCAUUCAAGUCGCCUUCCCUUUCAGCAUCUCCUACAACUGAAGCGCAAGGUCCAUCCCGCUUGGCGAGUCGAACGCACUCAAACAUCUCUGUCGAGCGUACCUCUCAGCGUGCUGCCUCGUACCAGCAAGCAUCGCGUCCAGUGAACAGCGAAUCCAUGGCGCUUUCUGCAUCUGGGUCGCCACGCUUAUCAAGCGGAGCUCCACCAAGUCUGAAGCGCUACUCCUCAUCAUUUGGUCAGCGCACAAGCAGUUUCUCUGGACGUCGUCGCCCCAGUCAAAUGUCCGAGUCGGUCGCUCAAUUGAAGUCCGAGCACACCAGCGGCACAUCUAGUCGGUCGGAUCUUGUAUUGCAAACUUCACAACCGGAUGAACAAGAUGGCCUGGAUGAAUUCAUGAAACUGCUGGAGGCCCCUGAGCCCCUCAAGGGCAUCAAUUUUGGUGACUCCGUAAUGCAUCAUGGGUCAAGAAGCUCAGAACCUGAAAAGAAGAUGCGCUCUGAACUUGAUCGCUACCACAAACUUCGAGAGUCGCAUGCGGCACUGAGCGAUUCGCUUGUACAAUCCACCAUCUUGAGAACAACUCCGCGUGCUGCUGUGCGGCGUAUGUCACAGCACAGCCCGUCUCUGCAUUCAGGUGGAUCAUCGCCAGGGAAGCCAAUGUCGCCACAUACGCCCGCAAUACCGUCGCGCUUGUCAGAGACAUCCAUUAUGCCACGCCCAGUAUCGCAACGCCGAGAUGACGCCCUCCAGAUUGGCAUAGUGAGUGAAAAUGGAGCUUCUGGUCCAGUCCAGAUACCUGCGCCGACUUCACCCAAUGGCUCCGACGGUCGCAGACCAUAUGGAGACGAUCAUGACGGUGAAUCAAUGCCCCCGAUAGACACAAAGUUGAGCAACUUCAGGCAGCACGAAGAGUCAGCUACUCAACCAUUUGAGACCAGUGACCCAAGAAUAGGCAAGCAACACACUAUGUUGGCUCAGCAAAUGGAUCGGUCCUCCACUACAAAGGGCUACUUCGCAGCUCGUGGGACCAUAGCUGCUGAUUCAGGCUGCAGUCGCGAACAGCGGGAUCAGCCGACGCCUCAAUCACCACCCGACCGCAUUGGAUCUGCCGUACCAGCUGGUUCGCAUGUGCCGCGAGCAUCUUCUACAACGGGCACGCCCGACGACGACGAUCUCUUCUUCGCGAUGAGUGAUAUCCACUUGAGUCGAAUAUGACGAUUGAAGCUCAUGAUUGAAGCUCAUCACGAAGCACAGUAUUUGUAGAACUAUAGUCAAGCUCC